AUGAUUUCACGAUCAUCUCAAUUGUAUACUGUACUCGGUAUUGCUUUAUUUUUUGGAACAUUCGGAUUUAGUGGAUUAUUCGUCUUUCUUAUUUGCAUAUUAUGCUUCGUAUGCGGGUUUUGCUAUGUUAUUUAUACUCGUGGAGAGGAGAAAUCAAAGGAGCUGGCCUCCGAUUUCACAAACCUCAAGGAUUUCAAAUUUUCACCGGGUAUUGGCACGUUUCUCAAAAAUAAGAAUCGUUUCAAUGAUAAAUCUAUGUAUGAACAAAUUCACUCGAUGACAAAUUGCUCGUCAAUGGAUGCUGUCCUCGAACAGAUGUUAUCUUUUGUAAUGCGUGACUAUGUCGAUUCAUGGUACAAGAAAUUGACAGAUGACGAGCUUUUUAAAGAAAGUCUAAGGAGAACAGCACGACGUUCAGUUGCGUCUCUUUCACAAUGCAUGCGCCAAGUGGAUUGGGUCCCAUUCGUUACACGCCAUGUCGUCGACGAUUUCGCCUCCCAUUUGAGGUUAUAUCGAAUGGCAAGCGACAAAUUUAAGUUCAUAGGAAAGAAAGGUAGCCUUCUCUUCUCAAUUUAG